AUGUCGCAGCAGCAGCAGAGCCCCUACUACGCGGGCAACUAUCCUCCGCCCCUAUUCGCCGCCGAACUCGACAGCAGCGCCCCCUCCUCCCGUUUCGCCUCAGCCCAAGGUCCCGAUGGAGCGCCCGUCUUCGAGAUGCCCGGCGAACCGGUGCCCUCCAAACAGAACGGCGAGGAGAAGCGACCCUCGAGGACACAGAGCCCGGCGCAGUCUGGCCAGGCCAACCCAUGGCCCUUCUAUCUAGACGGUCAGGCCCCGUCAAAGCCCGCGCAGGAGGACGACAAGGACAAGCCGUACAAGGACCCGUCUGCGGCGCCUCAGCCCGUCAUGGCCAAUCCUUGGGCAUACUUUGGCCCCGAGGCUUCGGAGGAUACUCCCGCUCCGCUCGCGAUAGCUUCGGGGAGGCGACCGGUCAACCAAAACCCAUCACCGCCGCCGGCGCCAGCGCCUCAGAGUGAGGAGGAUCGCCGCCCCUCAGGACCGGUAUAUAAGCCCUACCCUGGCAAUAGCGAAUCGGUCCCCCAGGUCCCCCAUGGUACCAGGCCGCCAGCAUCUACAAGUCCGAGUCCAAGUGACGGCGACCCUUCUUACUAUCCUGCGCCCUUGAAGCUGGGAGGUCGCCCCGCCAAGACGACAUCGCCGCCCGCGUUCAAGCCAUACAGCCCUCCGCCGUCUCAUGAUGUGCAGGAUGCGCAAGUUAGACCUCUGGCCGGCAUUGGGAGGACCGAUUCGCAGUCGACGACGACUUCAAUGCCAUAUCGGCCGUAUAGACCGCAUUCGCCUCAGGCAGAGACAACAGCGGCGCCAGCUGCUAAUAUCCCACCUACCACCAGUCCUCCUCCCCCAGCUGGGACUCCAGCUUCUCUAACUAUUGGCACUCCGCCGGCUGGUGCCUCAGCUGUCGCUCCAGCUCCUCCAGUUGCUUCUACACCGACUCCUCCGGUUACUGCGCAGGCUGUUGCGCCAGCUCCUUUGGCUCCAACACCUCCAGCGACUACUCCGGCUCCCACGGCUGCUAUCCCAGCUCCAACGCCUUCAGCAGCUAUUCCAGCUCCUCAGCAACAACCCGCAGGUGCUUCACCUCAUCACUUUCACUCCCCGGCACCUACAAACCCACCUGUGAAUCCUCCAAGAACUGAUGCGAGUGUAUCUCCCAAGCCCACAACGACUGCCCCUGCAUCUGAGCAGCCGCGGCCACCGCAAUACCAACAACCGCAACCGCAGCAGCAGCAUCACCAACCCCAGCCACAGCAGAAUGGAAUUGCAGGCGCUGCUCCAGCCCAGGGAGCUCCCUCGGUAGCAUCCCCUUAUCUGCCAUCUCCCAUGUCUCCUUCAGCUCAGUCCAUCUCAGUGGCUGCCCCUUCACCAGCAACACCAUCACUUAACGCGGGAGUGCCGUUCGCUCAACCACAGUAUGCUGCUGCUGUUCCAGCCCCGAACUACGCUCCGGGCCACGCGCCGGGUCCGUCCCCGACUCAUCACCCCGUUUCGGCAGCAGGUCCUCCACAGACCCAGCAAGCUCCGGCGCCAAUGACCUCACCUCCCCCGGCGAUGCCAGUACUCAACGCCGGAGUGCCGUUUGCUCAACCGACAUAUGCUAGCCCUAUUCCUACCCAGAACUACGGACCGGGCCCAUCACCUACACCCCCAGUGACUUCGCCCAUAGGUCCUCCACAAUCACACCCAGGUCCGCCGAUGGUAGCUCCCGCUCCAGCCCAUGGCCCAGGCCAACCUAUGCCGGGCUACCCCAAUUACAACUACAACGUCCCACAACCCAGUUAUGCGCCGGCUCAUACUCCCCCAACAACAACUCCGGCACCAGGAGCCCCAAGCCAGCCUCCUACUCAACAACCUGCUCCUUAUCAGCAACCAGCUCAGACUGGCCCUGGACCUCAGCAACCCCCUCUCCAGCACUCGACCACAGAGCCUUAUAUGGCACAGGGGACUAUUCCUCAGUCGCCCCCACCUCCAUAUGCGCAGACCGUCCCUCCUCGGCCUGGAUCGCAACCUCCAGCAGCAGGUCAUCCUUCACAAUAUCAGCCACCUGCUCCUGGACCUGCUCCUGUUGGGCCUUAUCCACCUCAGCCUCAAUAUCCCACUCAACCGACAUAUGCCCACGGUGCCCCUCCGCCCCUCCAGGGACAACCAUCAUUUGGGCUGCAGCCCCCUCCUCUUCCUCCUCGGCCAGCGUCAGCCCAGGGAGGGAUGCCGACCCAUGGUUUUGGAUCCGGACCGGCUGGUUACAACCCAGCUAAUUAUCCUGCUCCUCCCCAGACCUACUUCUCUCCUCCACCAGCACUGCCGCCACGACCUGGCACUGGCGGCGUUGGAAAGAUCUUUGGCAGCAGCUCAGCGGAUAAGUGGCUAAGGAAGACUGGACAGGUUCUCGAAAGCACUCUGGCGCCCAUUUUGCAAGGACAGUCGGGGCAAUAUAGACCUGGGCAACAACAGGGGCAGCCAGUGCCGCAGGGACAACAAGGUCCGCGGCCAUAUGCCUCCCAUAUACCGCACUUCCAUGCUCCGCAUCUGGCACCUCAAUUUCGAGGCGCUCCGGACUCUGACUCUCCAACGCCCGGGCCCGGCGCCCCCGGACCACACUAG